GGCGCUGCCGGAGCCGCAGCCAGAGCCUGCCGAGCGGGGGCCGGGCCGGGCUCUGCACGGCCAUGAAGCGGGAUCGGCGCGGCCGGUUCUUACCCGCGGGCGCGGCGGCCAGGGGCGCUCCAGAACCGCCGCCGCCACCAGCCGAGGCCAAGAGUGUCCGGGCCCGCCGGGGGCGCCCCACCGCCACCUCCCGGGAGCAGGAACAGGAGCCCGAGCCGGAGCCCGAGCAGUGGGCCUCGCCAGCCUCGGAGGCGGCGGCAGCGGGAUUCGGCCGGGGUGUGAGCACCGCUUACUGCCGGCUUUGCCACGGGAAGUUUUCCUCUCGGAGCCUGCGGAACGCUUUUGGAAAGGUCCCUGUGGUGGGGGAGAGCUCCGAGAAGCAGCGGCGCAUGGACCAGGUCUUCUUCACGGACUUCCAGCGGCUGGUGGGGGUGGCUGUCCGGCAAGACCCGGCCCUCCCCCAGUUUGUCUGCAAGAAGUGCCACGCCCAGUUUUACAAGUGCCGCAGCAUCCUCAAGGCCUUCAUCCAGAAGGUGAAUCUGUCUCCCACUGGCCACCUCAAGCCACACGGAAAGGACAACCUUGCCCAACCUCCUCCUCCUGCUGCAAAAGGAGAUGCUCCCUCUCUAGCAGACCUGAUCACAUCCAGCCCCCAGUGCCUCCACAGCUUAGUGAUGUGGACCCACAACCACGCCGAAAGCUGCCAGAUUGCUCCCAGCCUGCAAGGCGUCUUGUCCUCAGAGUACUGCGGGAUCAUCCAGGCCGUGUGGGGCUGCGAAGAGGGUCAUGAUUAUGUCAUGAGCACAGAUUCGGACUGCAGUACCUUGCUGGUGGACAACGCCCUGUCCGUCAAGUGGGAACUGAACAAGGGCCCUGCCCCGCAGCAGGCGCACGUGACGGGCAACGGGGUGGGGGCCGACUGUACUGUGGCUGCGGCAGCACCGCCGGAACCCCAGCAUGGCGCCACUCAUACGGCAGCCAGCCAGCAACCUGCAAAAAGUGAGACUCCUCCACCUGCGCUUAGCACAGAAAGCUGGGUGCCGGAGAGCCAGGAUUUGCCUUCCUUCCAAGAUGCCUCGGAAGCUCCUAUGCAGGAGGAAAGCCUGCCGCAGCCAGACUGCCCUCUGAAUGGCAGUCCAGGGCCACUGAGUGAGAAGCCGGUUCCCUCUGCAGCCUCGGAUGAGCGGGUAAAAGACGAGUUCAGUGACCUUUUUGAGGGAUACUCCUUGAGUGACGACGAGAACGACAAGAGAGCGCAGUCUUCGGACGACUACUUUGAGCCUUACCCAGAAAAGAGGGUAUCCAACAACAGGAACGUUGAAAGCAGAGAAGCAAAGAAGCUUGAAGAGCCCAAAAUAAGGAAGAAGCCAGGACCCAAACCUGGCUGGAAAAAGAAAAUCAAAUGUGAAAGGGAAGAGCUGCCCACUAUUUACAAGUGUCCUUAUCAGGGCUGUACAGCUGUGUACAGAGGUGCAGAUGGCAUGAAGAAGCACAUCAAAGAGCAUCAUGAGGAGGUCAGAGAAAGGCCCUGCCCGCAUCCAGGUUGCAACAAGGUGUUCAUGAUUGACCGGUACCUUCAGCGCCAUGUGAAGCUCAUUCAUACAGAGGUGCGGAACUAUAUCUGUGACGAAUGUGGCCAGACAUUCAAGCAACGCAAACACCUCUCCGUUCACCAGAUGCGCCACUCAGGAGCAAAGCCUCUCCAGUGUGAAAUCUGUGGCUUCCAGUGCAGGCAGCGAGCAUCCCUCAAGUACCACAUGACCAAACACAAAGCAGAGACUGAGCUGGAGUUUGCCUGCGACCAAUGUGGGAAGCGCUUUGAAAAGGCCCACAACCUCAACGUCCACAUGUCCAUGGUGCAUCCCCUCACCCAGACUCAGGACAAAGCCAAGGCUGCUGAGCUGGAGCAAGAGGCUCUGCCAGAGGCUCUGUCGGAGGCUUCAGAGACUGCGGAGAACCAUCCUGUAAAAUUGGAACCGAGUGUGCAGCAGGAGCCCACCUGAAAGAGCCCUGGAUGGGAGCCCUGAUCCAGCUUUGCAUAAAGCAACACUGAGUGGGAGUUUUAAACAUACGUUUUAACGGAUCCUCCAAAAAAGAGAAAGGGGUGGGGACUCGCUUCUGCUUGCUGGUGAAAAGCUUUCCAUUGCUGUGACUAUUCUCCGUGUGUGUGUUUGUGUCCAAGACCGUAGCAGUGUCUUACAGAGCCAUAUCCGUCUCGCCAAAGGAAGCAGGCUGUCCUGCCUUCCCUCUGAUGUGGCGAUUGGUUGAGCUCAGAAAAGGUAUCGCACCUGUUAUAAAGGUGUGUCGGCCAUAGGCACAGGCUCAUUUUUAGAGGCUCUCAAGCUGACGGAAAGCCCAGUUUAAGCCCGAGACAACUUGUUUUAAAUUAAAUUCCAAAGCCAAUCUGAAAAAGAAAGACGAACCAGAAUAUUUGUAACAUGGUUUUUAUUGUUACAAAGUCAUGGUCAUGCUUGUAAUAAAUUAUUUACACCAUA